CUCUAAAUUAGGUCGGAGCAUGAAAUAGUAAUGGAGACACGUGGGCGGAAGUAGGUACGUCAUCACAACAGUGAGACAGGAAAAGAAAACACGGCCCGUCAGUCAGUGGACGUGACGGGGAUACAAAAACACCGAAAACAGCAGGAAACCAUGCUCCGGUCCGCGCGCCGUCUGUAGCCCGCGUCACGCAUCCACGCGCCGGAGCCUCUGCUGUGCCGCUUAGUUCCAUUCCCCCCCCUCGUGCCCUCGGAGGCUGCGCCGGUACCAACCAUGGUGGAGCAAUCGGACCGAGCCCCGCUGCUGGACUGGGAGGAGAUCCCUCCGCCCGACCAGAACCAGGUGGCCCAGCCGCCCCGGGAGGCAGACGCGCCGCUCGCGACCGGGAGGAUCCCCGCCGCCAUCACCCUCAGCCCGACGCCAAACCUAACAGCUGUUGCAGCGAGCAGAGGGGAGACGCCGAACCGAGCCGGAGAGGCCGUCCCUGGGAGCGAUCGCCCGGACCCGCUCGGUUCCGACGUCCUGUUUUCCGGGCUCACCGUGAAGGAUCAGUGGGAGGAGAAGGACCAGAUCGUUGCCGUGUUCGUGGUCACCUUUGACACGAGGUCAGGGAACAUGGUGGAGUGGUGCCUCCCUCAUGACAUCAACCUGGACGGGGUGGAGUUCAAGUCCAUGGCGAGCGGCUCCCAUCGGAUCACCAGUGACUUCAUAUAUUUUCGUAAAGCGGCCUACUUCGGACUGGCCUGUUUCGCCAACAUGCCCGUGGAAAGCGAGCUGGAGAGAGGAGCCAGGAUGAAGUCGGUGGGAAUUCUGUCUCCUUCCUACACGCUGCUGUACCGUUACAUGCACUUCCUGGAGAACCAAGUCAGGCAUCAGCUGCAGUGUCCAGGCCAGUAUUCUCCCCUGGAGGCCUUCUACGAGGACAAGAAGGCGGUCCUGCCCCCGACAGGAAACGGCCUUGUGACAGCCUGUCCAACCUGGAGCGUGACUGCUAUAAACCGCUGCAUGCACCCGGAAAUGAAGAUCACGCACCCGGCCGGCUGCAUGUCCCAGUUCAUCCAGUUCUUCGGGGAGCAGAUAAUGGUGCUGUGGAAGUUUGCGUUGCUGCGGAAACGCCUCCUCAUCUUCUCCCCGCCGCCCGUAGGGGUGGUCUGCUACAGGGUGUACUGCUGUUGCUGCCUGGCCAACGUUUCCAUACCGGGAAUCGGCGUUUCUGUGCCUGAACUGAGGCCUUUCUUCUACGUCAACAUCGCUGACAUCAGCGCGCUGGAAACUGAGAUGUCCUACGUGGCCUGCACAACAGAGAAGAUUUUUGAGGAUAAGAAGGAUCUGUACGACGUCUACGUGGACAACCAGAACGUGAAGACGCACAGGAGCCACCUCCAGCCGCUGCUCAAGCUCAACGCCGCAGAUAAGGAGAAGUACAGGAAGCUGGGGGAGCAGAGGCAGUUGCUGCUCUACUCCCAGGAGGUGGAGGAAGACUGCACGUCAAACGAGGAAGAUCUCUUUAUUCUGUUCUUCAUGGAGCUGAAUAACCGCAUCUUUCAGACGCUGUCGGAGGUGGCGGGCAGCGCCGACCCCACCCUCACGGUGGAUCACGUGAGGGCCAUGGGGCUGGACCCCCAGGGCGACCGCUCCUUCCUGGCUGACCUGCUGGAGGUGUACGGCAUCGACGUCACGCUCGUUGUGGACAACCUCUGCUGCCCCUGAAGCCCCGCCUCCCCCUUUUGAGCCUUCACACAAACACCGAGGACACCGUCGCCACGGGGGAACUUCCUUUGUCGUCUCUUUCUACUAUGUGGUCAUCCCCUGGAGGCGAGGAGAACGUUCCGGGUUCGGCUUGGCAGCAGAGAAGCUCUGACGGCACCUGAGAGCCACUCAUGACCAAAACUUUGACUUCUUCUGCCGGAAACUCGUUUGACUCUGGACGAUGGGGUUCUGGGACUCGAACAUCUUCACCGCGGGAUGAUGGAUCGUUCCUCUUGUCACGAGUCACUGACACCUUCACAGUCCCACCGUUCCUCGUUCACUUUGAAAAGCUUUACAGGGAAGGUUUCCACAACAGGACGCGGUCGCUCGGAAACGCUGGGAACCUCACAGGCUUGGCAGUUUUUGGAUUUUCCUCCUCUGGAGCUGUUGAACGAGCGUCUUUUCACUUUUUCUACCUUUCAAAAAGACAGCAAUAGGAGUCCUGAUGGGUGGACCGAGGUCAGCCUCACAGAAUUGGGUUUUACACUUUUUCUUCCAAGAAAAUUGUUUUCUUUUUAAAAAAAAACAGUAAUUGAUGAGAAGGAAAAGGCUGUUUGUAAAUACCACCAGCUUUAUGCACUUUCAGCACAAAUGUUCACAUUUUUUUCCUGUAACCCUGAAAAUGCUCCUGAUUAUUUGAGUUCCAGUGUCACUAAAGUUGCUUCUGCACCACCUCUGCACACAGUUGUGCUUAACUUUAACGUUUUAAAAGCCAUUUUUUGCUGGAGGACAGCCGGUCCUGUUCUUCCUGUCGCUAGCAGCAGAUCAACAAACAACAAAAAAGAAACGUUCUGCUCCUCUGUGCUGAUGAGGAUCUUUCUGCUUUUCCCUCUCCUCUCUGUGUGUGGAUGAGAGCGGGGCAGUAACCUCCUCUGAAGGGGUCGGUGCCAGCUGAGGGUUCCAACCCCCACUUCUUCCUCUGAGCGAGUCCGGCUUUAGAGAUGGGGCCAACUGUGUCUGAAUGCUGCCGGCAGAGAGCUUUCUCGGACGGCCAUCAGCAAUCAUUUUGUUCCACGUUGGAACACGCCAAGCUCUUUUCGUCUGGAUGGUUGUUUUUUUCCUCCCAAAUAUGAGCUAAAAUAUUAGACCGUGAUCCAUCGCUGCGUCUUUCAUUCCAGGUUUUGUUAGAAGAAAUGGCUUAGAACUGCUGACAUUUCUAUCUGCAUGAGCGGUAGGACUUUUAUGUCUUGAUUUAAAAAAAAAAAAAAAUAAGGGAAAGGGAGUAACUGCACUAAAAGGUUGGGAGGGGGAAAAUCAAAUAAAAAGCUUUAUUUUAAAAGAAAUGGGGCCUUAAAACUCAUCGCGUUCAAGACUCUUGUUUCUGUGCGUCAACCCGACUGUUGUUCUCUGACGCUCCGGUAUUCAAAGGCGGCGUUUGCCUCCACACUUCUUCCACUGUACAAAUGCCUUCUCUGUCUGAAUGUCCACAGACGGCAGCUGGUCGUUUGUGCGGCGUGCCGCUCUACUGAAUGUCAAGACGACUGCUGCACAUCAUGGCGACGCAUCCACGUGGUUUUCCCGCCGUUUUCCCUCUCGACUGUGCUGUAAAUCGAGUGUCCACCGGGGAGACUUUUCGUGUACUGGUACCGCUUGAAGAGCUCCACAGCAUGAGCAACUGUCAGCUUCACUGUACUGCCGUUGUAAACCAAUAAAAACCCUGAUGGUGUUUAAAUCUU